UAUUUAUUUUUUUUACAUAUAUAAAUAUAUUUUCUUGUGUUUUUGUUUUGCUUUCUUUUUUUUCUAUUCUUAUUAUUCAAUACACACGGGACACUCUCACAGUAAUGAUUUUCUCGUUAAGGGUAUCGUUGUUGAGGAAUCUGAGGAGUUGUGGGUGUGAAAAAGCGGCAGUUAUAACAUUAGAAAAACAUCAACAAGACCAAGAAAAACAAACGCAAACGCACACGAGUGUGCGCGAGAGAAAAAAAGAAGAGUGUUUAUUUUGAUUGAUGUGAUCAUCAAAAAAACAAACGGCUCUUUUCUGGCUUUUAUUCAUUAUUUAUCAUCUUUUUCUCUCUAUAUUUGGUUCCUUGAGGGAGAAGAGGGUGGCGGGUUUGGUUGAUUUUGUUCAGGCGGUUUCUUUUCUUUUUUAUUUUUUUUACAAUCUCUUUUUCCUUGUUUCACUUGGGCUUUUCUUUUUUGUAUCGUUUCUUUUGGUGCUAUAUUGUAUAUCAUGUCUCAACAAAGGCAAUUUCAGAUGGUGGGUGGCAGCAAUCUUGGCCAGUACAAUGACACAACUUUUACCAAAAUCUUUGUUGGAGGUUUGGCUUGGGAGACACAAAGAGAUACUAUGAGGCGUUAUUUUGAGCAGUUUGGUGAGAUCCUUGAGGCUGUUGUUAUUACAGAUAAGAAUACUGGGAGAUCCAAGGGCUAUGGCUUUGUUACAUUUAAGGAUCCAGAUUCAGCCAUGAGAGCUUGUCAAAACCCAUCUCCAGUUAUUGAUGGAAGAAGGGCAAACUGCAAUCUUGCAUCACUUGGUGCACACAAGACUCGUCCACCAACUCCUCAACAUGGCACAGGACGGUUUAGAUCAGCACAUGGACUGGUGGCUCCACCUGCUUAUCAUGGUUCUUCUUCUUCAUAUAUUCAUCAACCCACUGGACAAUACACAUUUCCUUAUUCAGCUUAUGGGUACGCCGGAUAUUCACAGGACACAGUUUAUCCUUUGAAUUAUUAUGGGGUAUAUGGAGGUCAACAACUUUCACCUUAUUACUCUACUGGGGCAUCAGGAACUCCGGGAAUGUUCCAUAAUUUCUACCCAUUCUAUACACAAUAUCCACACAAUAGUCAAGCUCAUGGUUUUGGUGUUCAGUAUCCUCAAAUGGUACAAUACCCAUAUUUACCUCACCAUUAUGGCUCUACAGGAAUUUUAUCACUUCCUUCUUCAAUGGGAAUGGCUACUUCUACCACAGGUGCUACAACAAUGACUACAUCUCCAACGACUACGACAGUGGCUACAACCACAGCAACAACAGGGGUAGUAGGAGCAGGACCAGGUGCUUUGCAAGCCUCUGGAAUGGCUUCAGAACAGAAUUCAUCAACCUAAUAAGCAUGGAAAAAAUUUGUUCUUUGUCUUCUUACAAGACUAACAAAUAUCAACAAAAUGGCGAAAUGGGUCAAGAGAAAAAAUGGAGGAAAUGAAUAAGGGAAAAGAAAAACAUUGGUUCAAGAAAAGAAUGCCUGAAAUCAGCUAGCAUUAAGCAUAACAAAAACAGAGGAAAUUCAAGAAUUGAUUCAGCAUGAGACUUGUUUAAUCAUGGAAACAGGCAUUUUUUAGAUGCAAAGCUCACUCCAUUAACUGUCUUCAAUUAAUUCCUCCAUUCGGGCCCCAAUAUUUUUCAACUUCAUCAUUAUACAUGUUUCGUUAAUUAGGAGACUACGGAGUCAAAGUAGUUGUUAGCAUUAGGAGAAGAAAUCAUAUUCAUUUCAUGUAUUAGCAUAAGGUGGAAACCAAUAUUGGCUUUGGAUUCUACCUCAGAUACUAAUCACCAGAUGAUUUUAUUAUGUUUUGGGACGCAGAAAGCAUCCAAUGACAUAGUCCUGUUUAUAUUUGGAAGUAAUUGGGUUGCAAGAUUGAUUUUAUAUCUUUAAACCCAAAAUUUGGUCGGAAGACGAAAGGUGAGCUAGGGGGUAGCUCAGCCAUUAACUUGUAAUUUUUUCGUUUGUUGAUUAUUUAUGAUUGAUACUUUCUUCUUUUUAUUAUUGUUAUUUUUAAUGAUAGGAUUAGAACAUUAGAUGGGGGAAGAAAGAAAAACGGUGUCUCCAUCUCUCUUUUUUCUUUAUUUCCUGUAACAGAUAAUCAUCAUCUCUUUCUCAUCUUUCA